AUCAAACCAUAAAAACUGAGAAAGCCGCCAUACCAGGUAUAGUUCCCUUCAAGAUUCGUAAUCCAGUGAACACGAGGGCUGGUGUGUAUCUUGACGCUGGACCUUUCUACCCCCGCCUCAUCAAAUCCCACCCUCGCAAUGUCCAGGCAGUCGAUCAGCGAUCUUGUCGACCUCACAGAGCGUAUCACACGCACCAGUUCUUUUCGUUCAGCUGGAGGAGGGUUUGGUGACAUCUGGCGCUGCACGCUACAAACUGGUGCAACACAUGACGUGGUUGCAGUCAAAGCAAUCAGGUUCCAAUCUGGAGAGGUCGAUGCAUCACAGGAAAAGGAUCUGCGACGUGAACUUGGAACGUGGAAGAGACUUGUCCAUACGAACAUUUUGCCGCUAAUAGGCAUAACAAGAGGUUUUAGCCCCACUAUAUCUAUGGUCUCACCUUGGUGCGAAAAUGGCUCGCUGGCAGCUUAUCUCCAGAAAUACGAAAGUAUCAUCACUCUAUCUCAUCGCCUCCGCCUACUUCAAGAUGUUGCAUCGGGUCUCCAUUAUCUGCAUGAUAUCCCGGUGGUUCACGGUGACUUAACCCCAAACAAUGUACUUCUGAAUGACGACAAAACGGCUGUCCUCACAGACUUUGGCUUAUCGUCCAUGCUUGGGGAUAUCACGGGUUUUUCAUAUCUUGAACGGUCUUGUGCCCAACCAGGAGCAAUUCGUUACAGCGCCCCAGAGCUUCUGAUUUUUAAGGAGUCCGAUGCAUCUAUCACACCAGACAUCCGAAGUGAUGUCUACUCAUUUGGCUGUCUUGCGCUUAAAGUCCUUUCUGGAAAUGAACCCUGGGCUGAUGUCAAACAUUGGAGAACCAUCGUCACCAAAGUCGAAAAUGGACAUACACAACAGAGGCCCACCCGCAGUCCGAUUUCAGAAUCACACUGGCGACUAAUACAACAAUGUUUCUCACAACCUAAUGCUCGACCAUCCGCACGUGCCAUUCUGAAGUUUCUUAGAAAAGAAUUACAGUUGGAAGAUCAAAAUCAAAAAGUUCUGAUUGUGAAUCGAUCGACCGAAUGCUCCAAUCGAAAUGAAGCUACAACAUCUCUCAAGUACAAAGCUACCACCAACACAUUUCAUUUGACACAUACUUCUGGGACAAGUCACAUGAUUGAUGCAAAUGAACAAAUAGCGUCCACGUUGCUCAGUUCUAUACCUGAUAUUUCUGACAAAGGGAAAGGUCCUGCACGCAAGUUUAGUUUGAAUUUGUUCCGCCGUAAAAGCGUGCAGUUGAUUCAAACACGAGGCCCGAACAUCGAGGCCCGUUCGCUGAUGAUAGUGCAAGACUUUGCCGUACCUUCGGGGGGGCUUGGCAAUACUUUUCAGUGUGUCUUGCGGAACAAGACUUUCAAAAAGGAAAAGGUCGCUGUCAAGUCCAUCAAGGUACAAGAUGACAAUGAGGAGAACAUUAGGGAGGCUCAAAAAAUCAUCCUGAAAGAAGUGCAAGGCUGGAUGUCUCUCCUCCAUGAAAAUCUAUUACCUAUCUACGGUACUACUACUGGCUUCGGUUCUAGCCUUCCAUGUUUGGUUUUGCCUUGGAUGGAGAACGGGUCGUUGACCAGCUACCUGAGCGUCAAGAAUCGAAACCUCCCAAUCGCUACGAAAUUUUUGCUUCUAUCUCAUGUCACUGCUGGGCUUCAAUUUCUUCACAGCAACUCCAUAAUACAUGGCAAUCUCAGUAGUAAUAAUGUCCUCAUUGAUGAUCGCCACAAUGUCCGUCUCGCAGACUAUGGACUGUCUUCAGUCGUAUCCAUGUGCGGCGAACUCUUUCAGUCCUAUCAUUGCGGUGCUUUGCGCUGGACGGCCCCGGAACUGAUCGACGACGAUGACCAGGAGCUCCGUAACGCGUCCGAUAUCUAUUCUUUCGGAUGCAUCAUGCUUCAUGUGCUCUCCGAAAAGUUACCAUACUGGUGGCUGGACGAUGUCCUGCGCGUACUUUCUGCGCGACACAAUGGCGUGAAUCCAGUUCGUUGCGGGUCGGAGAUGCAUGAGGAACAUGUGAAAUUCGUCCAGCAUUGCCUGUCGGUUUCUCCUACGGACCGUCCAACAAUGGAUAAGAUCGAUGGUUUCAUUGCAAGAUCUACGCGGUCCAUUGUGAAGUAGAGCUGCAUCCCACUCAAGUUGAUCAGAUGUCAACAAGGGUAACAUCU